CGUGCUGCCUUGGCAAUGGCAAGUGACAGAGGUUGAGGAAGACUGGUCUUAAGUUUCCGGGCUUGUUGUUGAUAUUACCUGUUUUAGAAACGUUUGUGGACAACAGCAGCGUCUUCUUCUUCACUCUCACGGCGGUUUCACAUCUUGGUCGCGUGAGUGAAAACUGACGGUUUUCCCUGUUGACGUCAAAGUCGUUGAACGGUGGUCGGCGGCGAAGUAGCUGAAUACGCCAGAAGUUUUGUUCGACUUCGAGUAAAUUCAUCGCCGAAGAGGAGAAACUAUGACGAACAGAGAAGACGAAUAUGACUAUCUCUUUAAAGUGGUGCUGAUCGGAGAUUCAGGCGUGGGGAAAAGUAACCUGCUGUCUCGCUUCACCCGCAACGAAUUCAACUUGGAGAGCAAGAGCACCAUCGGGGUGGAGUUCGCCACACGCAGCAUCCAGGUGGAGGGCAAGACCAUCAAGGCUCAGAUCUGGGACACGGCCGGACAGGAACGAUACCGAGCCAUCACUUCUGCGUACUACCGCGGAGCAGUCGGAGCUCUCCUGGUGUACGACAUCGCCAAGCACCUGACGUACGAAAACGCCGAGCGCUGGCUGAAGGAGCUGCAGGACCAUGCAGACAGCAACAUAGUCAUCAUGUUGGUGGGCAACAAAAGCGACCUGCGCCACCUGAGGGCGGUGCCCACAGACGAGGCCAAGGCCUUUGCAGAGAAGCACGGCUUGUCUUUCCUGGAGACGUCGGCGUUAGACUCCUCUAAUGUGGAACUGGCUUUCCAAACUAUUCUAACAGCCAUCUACAACAUCGUGUCUCAGAGGCAGAUGUCAGGACAAAGCAACUCGGACUUUUCACCGGCCUCCAACGUGGUGCCCAUCACGGUCGAACCCACCCAGCACUCGUCCAAUAAGGGUGUCUGCUGCCAGACCAACUGAGACUUUGCCACUGACCUCCUCCUUCACCUCUACAGAAACGGAGAAACAGCCAGAUAGACAAAAGACAGGCAGAUGGACAGGGAGAGCGGAGAGACAGGUAGCGCUGUGCCGGCUUUGAUUAGUCUGUUUUCUGGUUAGGAUGUGAUGUCGUAUGAGUAGGAAGAUGGGAGGGAGGGAGGGAGGGAGGGAUGGUGAAGAUGUUUAGAGGAACAGACAGGAUGUGUGGUGAGGGAGGAUCAGUAGAUCCGUGGAGAGAAAACGAACCAGGCACUCAGUGGACGGGUCAUCGGAACUGAUUCCCAAUCUUAUGUAACUUUAACACACUAUAAUGUCCUUUUUGUAUCUCAUCACAGUUUCUAUCUUUACUAAAUCUUCUUCUUUUUGAAAGCAGUUUUAUACAAGCUAGUAAAUGCUUCCCUUCUGCUCCCACUCUUGGGAUAUUGGGCUGUAAAAAUCCACUUCCAAAACGCUGAAGAACAACUCUGUCCUUCCCGUUUUUCUACAAACUGCAGAACAUUUAGCUGAUUAUGCCCCUUACUGUAUUUAUUGAACACUAGAUUAAUGUCUUGUUUGGCCCAAGGGUUUGACUGCUUUAGAUUUUUCACCUCUACCUGCAGCUGCUUCACGCUGACUCUUAAGUCAUCUUUCCUAAAUGCCCAUGCUGGACCUGGUUGGUUGGUUCAAGGCCUCUCAGAGCUAUAACAUCCCUCCCUAAUGGUGACAUACUCUUUCUGUUUGAUAGCUUCUGAUCUUUAUUUGGAAGGCUCUCCUUGUCUGCACACUUUGUGCUCCAGAGAUGAGUCAUGCUCCUGCAAGCUUUGCACAGCAUUAACUCUAAAUGAGACGGGAUAGCUGGAUCACUCAUGAAUAGGUUAACUGCAUCGUCUUUCCUUAUGACCGUUUCACCCCUCAACACUUUUAAGUGCAAAGGAAAGGAUUUAAGAUUUGGUUUAAAUGCAUGGAUGACUCUGUGCUGCUGCUGCCUGCUAGCUGGGAUGGAUGGAUAAUAUUUCAGGGGAUGAGGUAGUGAGGGCACUCAGCCCUGCCCUGCUCCUGUGGUCUCUGAUGUACCCGAGAUGGUUUGUUUUACUGUAAAUGAAAUCCUCCACUGCCUGCUCACCUACUCCUUUCUGUCUCUUCACACUGUAUGUAACUGGAACAGGACUCUGCCUUCUGGGAUCUCCCUGAGGUCUGCCCUCUCUUUCACUUGUCUUUAUUUCCUGUCAAACGGGGGGGUUUGACUUCAGCAGCCAGGAUUGGGUUUGUUAGUAUCUAAUAGAUUAAUAGAUGAGGAAAGGGAGAAAGGAUUGUAGCGUUAGGAGGGGUUGAUUAAAUCCAAAGGUUAUGGACACAGAUGGUGUUUAUCCUGCUGAUGUGUUUUCACAUCAACACAGAUUUCUGUUGACUUCACAGGUCUUAAACUGGGUGGUGAAGGUUAGGGCUUUUUAAACCUUUAUUCUAAUAUAUGUAUAUUUGUGGACUGCAUAUAUAUAUA